UUCCUGAUGUCUAACUGAGAGUAAGCAGUGUCUUCUGACAACCCUGUCACCCUAUAGCGGGGUACUACAGUCCCCCUGAGGCUUCCCAGAGCGAGAGAGCAAGAGCGGAGGAGAGGAAAGAAGUGAAGGAGGCGGGAGCCGUCUGGGCAGAGGGGAAGGAGACGAGAGGGGGAAGUGGGAGUAGAUAUUUCAAUAUGGAGGAAAGUCAACGACCUAUAUCUGAGAUCUACCUCCCAAGCAUCAGUCUUGGAUCUGUGGACACUGAAACAGUGGAGGAGCAUGAGCUGCCAAUUAUUUCUUUAUCCAAAAGCUCAACAGAAAUGGUGAGUGGACCUCCUCAACGAACGGAGCUGGCAUGGUACAGUCAGAACUUGCGAAAGAGCAUGAGCAGUGCAGCAUGUACUCAAAGACCUGUCAGUCUGGGCGGACCCUCGACGGAAGUCCCUGUGAAUGUUUGUGACCAAGAACAGUGGAGCAUGUGCAGUGGCAACAGUACCCCUGAGACUGUAAUCUGGCAUGGAGGAACUGCAAGAUCCUGGAGCUUCAUGGAGGACUCACCCAGAAGGACUCCAACGCAAGAUCCACUCCUGGGGCAAAAUCAGGUCCAUAGUGGUGUGAAGUGUGUGCCACACUCACCAUCCACAAAUAGGGAUUUAAGGAUGAAGGGUCUGGUGUGCAGAGAGGGAUGUUGUCAAUGUUGCAGACCUGCAGAGAACCUGACAGGAUGCAGCUGUUGCAGAGCGCCUUGUAGAAUGAGUUCUUCGGGUCUUAGCAACAACUUCACACCACAAGGAGCGAAUACAGAAGAUCAUGCUCAGAGUAACUGUGAAAGCCACCAUUUAACUGCAUGCCAUAGAUCUACCUUUUCUGGACAUAUGAUAAGCACUGCCUGUUUGAGGAAUACUUGCAGCGUUGUUCCAUGCCCUGGGCAUUUUAUAUCACGGCCACCUUGUGAAGGAAGCCCUUGUGUGGGACAAAGAUCACUGUUCCAUUCAGGCUUGCUUGGUUUUCCACCACUUGUGACCUCAGUCAGCGAGACCAGACUUGACAGCCGGAGUAAAGGCCAUUGCUGUGGAUCCGAGUUAAGAGGGCAGAACUCUUCCUGCCUUAGACUAGACAGAACAGGCCAAACUGGCUUUAACAGGACGGUCAAAGAUGCCACUACUAUGACAUCUGAGCAUGAGCUCAGAGAUGUUGGUGUGCAGACUGUGUCUGAUUCCCUUGCUUCCACUCUUUCUCAUGUAUUACCUGAAAUUAGUUUGAGAGUGGAUCCUGUCUUGGACACACCUUUGACCGCGGAACACAUGUGUCACAGGACCCCUGUGAAGGAGGUGGAAUGGGAUGCUGAGGGUAUGACCUGGGAAGUGUAUGGUGCAGCCGUGGACCCUGAAGAGCUUGGCCUAGCAAUCCAAAGGCAUCUAGAACUUCAGAUCAAAGAGACUGCAGCUGCUGCAGCUCAAACGGAAGACUCCACGGACAAUGUCAGCAGCCUGGCACUGCAGCCCAGGCGACGGAAGAAGAGCGAAGGCAUUAUAAAAACACUGCGCAGUUCAGCGUGUUGCUCUAACGUCAGUACUGUCGGAGACUAAAGUGAUCAGUGAAGGGCCGGAGCUUGUCUUUUCAGUAUGUGGAUGUCUAGAAAACGCAUAACAGAAAGGUACAGGCUUUUACUUGAAGGUAGAAAUGGAUUGAAAAUAGCUCUUUGCAUAUAUAUUUAUUUAGCUAAAGCAAAUUGUCCUUCAAAUAAUAUCUCUAAAUAUUCCAAAGCCUUGUCUGUUUAGUGGAAGCCAUUAAAGCUCCACUACUGAAUCAGUAGAGCAGUGAUGUUUGGAGUUACAUUGCAAGCUAGCGUUGCAUAGAGCUGCCAUUCAAAGUUUACAUAUAAUGGUGUGUUUCUACCUACCUUCACACAUGGUCUUGUCCCUGUCUUGACCUCCAUCUUUUAGAUGCCCACUUUGGCUUGAAAUACCAAGCACUGAGUAUUGUAUUUUUUAUGCUUAUUAUAGGCUAAAAAUGUCUGGUUGUACUUGUUGGGUUUUGUCAAGCAAACAACAGAUUACUGAACAUUAUCUAGGGAUACAUUAAAAUUAAUGGAACUCUUGGAAAUCCUGAAGUGCUCCCUGGAGCAGAUCUGAAGACUAGUUCUAGUCAGUCUAUGUGCUAGCCCUCAAAUUAUAGUGGAUUUCGAUUUCUUUGUUUUCUGUUCUCACAGAUCCAUGAUGUUAAACCCUUUAUAGUCAAUCAUAAUCCACCAACACUAAAUGGCAGAAAUUUCAGUAAAACUUUUUGUCAGUUAUUUCUUGCCAGAUUCUAUGGCUAUAGAAACAUAAUUUACAAACAACUAUCAAUUUACUACUAUCUAUGUUAUUACUGAAUUCACUGAUCUUGAUGCAAAUGGUGAUUGGUCCACCUGGUGGAUUAGAGUGGGCUCAAGGCCAAAAUCAAUCCAGAGAGCUAAAAAUAUGAAUGCUCAUGAGGUCUGUGGGUGUGUAAAGCUAGGUUCUUAUCAGGGCUACUGAUGAUUAGCAAAUAUAGACACAAGGUCAAUGUUCCUGCACUUAUAUAGUACAUUAUUAGCUAAAACUAAGCCCCAGUCCCAAUUCUAUGCACAGGGGCAGUCUCAAUCAAUUCAAAAAGUAAAACAUGUACACUUUGAUUCUGGUGCCAAAAUCUGACCUGAAAAAAAAAAGCAGAAUCUCUCCACUAUUUUCAUGUCACAAUAUAAAAACGAAGAAUAUUUUGUGGUUGCAUUCUGUUCGGAAACAGUGUGAGGGCAAAGACAAUUAUGGCCAUUUUCACAUGAUUUUACAUAUUCAUAAAUCUUUUUUGUUAUAUAACUUCAUUAAUAUUUAUAGUUUGUUCAUUAUAAUGUUAAAAUAUUAAAGUUCAAAUGGUUCAUAUGACAAUCAGUGUAAGAGUUUUUUUUUUUUUUUAUAUCAGGAUCACGUGCUAUAUCAUGACUAUAUCUUAUACAGAAUCAGUCAUGUUUUUUUAAAGUUAGGGAUUGUAUUUAGAGCAAUCUCUGUCAAUAAUGUUAAGAUUAAAUUAAUUUAAACAGCAUAUUAUAGGUAAGUAAAUGUGUAUACAGAAUCUCUGACCAAAUCAACAAAAGCCUGUACUGUGCUGCACAAACUGCUUUUGUUUUUCUUUGCCAAAGCAAUCUGAUUUCUUUUCUUUUAUUUAUUUUUUUUAUUUUUUUUGGACCACAGCAUUGUGAUUAAACAUAAUAUAGAUAUUACUGCAUCAACACCUUACAGUAUGAUGAAAACAAGCUUUAUGUAGGCUUUACACUAAUGUGUUUUAAUAUUGACAACACUGAAUGUCUUGAAAUGUAUGAG